UUGUUAAUCUAAUUCGUGAAAUUGAAAAUACAAUGAACAUUAUGAGCUGGAUAUAGUGAAAUUUUAGUAUCAAUUUAUAAAUAAAUGAUUUAUAUUAAUAUAACGUGGCAAAUUUUGUAGAAAAAAAUAAAUUGUAAAAUGGAGCAAAGUGAAAGUAAUAUUACAGGAAACAACAAACUUUUAUCUACUAAUAUAUUGAACAAACUACCAUCAUGGUUGGUAGAAAUGACUGAGUAUGUAAUUGAUAAAAUUGUAUAUUUUUUUAAUUUCUGAAACAAAAAUUAUAUUUUUAGCAGAUCACAUAUAUAAAUAUUUUAUUGAAAUUGUUUAAUUUAAUAGGAAUGUUAAGAGAUUAAACGUGACUGAUGAUUAUAAGACAUUGCAAAUAGAAAAACAUUCAAUACAUAAAGAACAUACAUUUGAGCAAACUCCUUUAGAAGAUAAAACAUCUGUUUUAAAGAAAGAUAUUGAUAAUUUGUAAGUCUUUAUUUAAAUUUGGUAUAAUAAUUUUCAAUAUGUAUAUAUAGAAAUAUUUAUUCAAUCUUUUAAUAAAUAAUCUAGAUACGGGCAAUCUUACAAACCAUUUUUUACAAUAAAUAAUAUAAAAGAUGUUGAUGGUGAGAUUUUACUGCAAUCGUGCACUAGUAAAUCACUUCCCAAUUCUCCCAAUCAUACAGAGAUAAAUAUCAAGCAUACUUCCACUCGUGCUCUUUCUGCUGUUGUUGAUUCAAAUGAUCAAAAUUCUAUUGAAAGAGAUUUUAGUGCACUUGAUGAAUAUAUGGAGAAAAGAAAAAUUGAUAAGUACUAUGACAAGAUCAAAUCUACAAGAUUUAAAAACAAUGGAAAAUUUAACUAUGAACUGCAGACUCUUAAUGAUUUUAAGAAGCAAAAUAAUGACUGUUUUCAAUCAGAUAUAUUGAAAAAAGGAUAUAAGAUGGACAAUCAGUUGUUAACACAACAAAGAUAUAAAACUUAUUCUAAACACAGAAAUAAUGCCAUUAGAAAACAAGAUCCUAAAAAUAAUUUACCAAGUGGAAUCAUUAAGAGAAGAUUAGAUUAUUUGUCUGGCUUAGCACCAGAAGGAACUACAACAAAUGAAAUAAGAACAAACCCAAAUUCAAUAUAUCAUAGUGAUAUAACAAAUAGUGAACCAGCAAGAAAGAAUCACCAUAAAGUGGUUUCUUCAGAAGAAAUUGGCCAGGAUAAUAGUAAUAUAUUGAAACAAAAAUCUACACAUAGAAGUUUGCCUAAUUGUAAAUCUAGUUUUCAACAAAAUGAGAAACAUUCAAUUCAAGGUAGGUUAUUAUAAAGAAAUUAAUUUAUAUGUAAUGGUUAGCACUAUUGAUAUUUUAAAUAAACUCAGAUAUAAAAAAGUCCUAUAGUUUGGUUUUUAUGUUUUUCAUCAUGGUACAUAACUCGCAGUUUGAACUUCAUGAAACUCUUAGUGAUCUUUUAACUUGUUUAUUGUCAAGAUUACAGAUCAGGUCAGUGUACAAAUUCAUAUUUAUUAUAAAUAAUUUGGACUAUAAUGUGGUAUUAUUUGGUUCUGUCAUAGAUAGAUGCAGAAAUUUUAUUGUGCCUGAUCUUCCUUGUGGUCAACAGUUAAUCAUUGAUAUUCUCAGUACUUGGGGAGAUAAACAUUAUGUAGGUCUCAAUGGAAUUGAGAUUUUUUCGGAUACAGGUCAACUUGUAUCCAUAAGUAAGGUAAACAGUUUGUUAUUGAUAUAAAGAUUUAAUAGAAUAUAUAUCUCUAAUGUGAUUAUAUUUAAUAUUAAUUACACAAUUUUUUUUAUAGAUAUCAGAAGAUCCAUCAAUUAUAAACCAAUUACCAGAAUAUAAUGAUUCUCGUAUAUAUAAUAAUCUUAUUAAUGGAGUGAAUAGAACAAGAGAUGAUGCUAAUUUGUGGCUUAUCCCAUUUACAGAAGGAAAUCAUCAUUACAUUUAUAUGAUUUUUCAAGAUAUUGUAACAAUUGCUAUGAUUAGAAUAUGGGUAAGAGUUUUGUCAAAUAUAUUAUAAUAUUUUAAUGAAAUUUUCAUAUUACUAUUUAUUAUUUUUAGAA